GCACAUCGGAUUUUUUAUUGCUGAUACUAGGACCGGUGCACGUUACCACUGCCCCUGUCAGUAUACCCUUCUUUGACUUACACCAUACAACCGCCAUGGUAGUGGACGAUACAGCAACCUUUCGACGUCUUAUUACUGGAGGUUACACGUGCAUCACACAGCUGGAGAAUGACGUGAGACGGUUUCAGACCGAAACAGCAACAUGUUUUUAUAGGUGCACAGCCAUCACUGCUGCCGCCCACAAAAGGAGAUGCGGUGAGGAGUUGCCUAGCGGUUGCACAUACAAAUUCAUUCAGUAUCGAUGUGUCCACAGCAAGCGCAGUAAUUGCAAUGGGAAGCGUUAUAGGUGUUAUAAUUGCAAAGCUCGCUUUUCCGUCAUUCUUAAGGGAAGGUUUUACGAAAUCGGUCGGUAUGCUCUGGUACAUAGCCACGAUUUUCACCUUGGCAAUCCAUGGUUAUACGCACCCAAUCGACGGUUAACAUCUGAACAGGAAAGUGCAAUCAGGAUCCUUAUGUCCACUUUUCGGAAUACAAAGGAAUUGCAACGCCUUAUAGCGAGCCAAUAUGGGUUACAAGUAAACCGCUUUGAUUUACUCAAUAUUAGACGUCGUCCUCACAACGCCCAUUAUGACGAACUUAUAGAGGUUAUGCCACCAACGCCACAGCGGGUUGCUCCUCGACAACAAGUGGAUGAACAAGACAUUAAAGUGCAUGCGUCCCGAGAAGUGAUGGCAGACUUCCCUUCGCAACAUAUUAGCUACGGCACACAAAAUGUUCGCACUGAAAUUGCACAACUUACCCAGCCUGUACCACAAACUUCUGCCCAACGGCGAUAUGGGAAUGAACGAUCUACGGAAGCGGACGAGUCGCAGGAAGCACCGGCCAACACAGCUGCACACCUUGGUGGUUACGGAACACAAAUCGUUCGCACCGAAAUUGCUGAUCUUACUCCAUCACUAUCACACGACCCUGCUCAGGAAAAACGGGGUAAUGAACGAGCCGCGAAAGUACGUGAAUCCCAGGAAGUACUGGCCGACAUUGCUACGCACCUUUGUAGCUACGAUACUCAAAACUUCCGCAAUAUGCUUGACGCGUUGAAGACGUUGCGCAAUGUCAUGUCAAUGGAGGCAGAUAUUACUCUUUACUGCAGCACUCCAAAGUGUUCCAUUCCUCUACCUUUAAAUAACAAUACGGAUCUAAAGAAAUUGAAAGGUGUCCAUUGCUAUGGAAGUGCCGGUAAUCCGCCACUAAAUAGCAAUGAACGUUUGAUGUGUACAGGUGUUUCUACCACACAUUUUGACUUGCAAUUGGGGUGCAAUGAAAGUGUGGGGUCAGCAUGUUUGACAAAUUCUACAAACGGACUUUCUAGCAGAAGUAACAAACGAAAAGCCCCUUUAACUCUACGUGUCACGUAGGUGUUAUCAAGUAGUUGCGCUACAGCAGGUGUGAAAUGUCGACGACUUCAUGUCAAAACAUUGUCAGUGUAUAGGGUAGAAGCUUAAUUUGCUUCGAGUUUCUCACUUUUCCUCUGAUCAUCGUUGUAGUUGGCCCUUGAUCGGGCUACCGGUCCUGCAACUCUUGUCACAUACCUUCAGACUAUACAGCCUUUAAAGAGCAGUGAAGGCAUUGUUUUCCCCGUAUAAUCCUUUGCUUUACCUAGCCUCCCUUUGUUUAACUGUAUACGACUGGACUUUUGAAGAGUACACGUUUUCCGCC